AUGUCUUCCGCUAGAACGACCCUCUCGUGGCCGCGGCGCCACGCCUGGCGAUCCAUCUACGAGUCGAUCGAUUCCUUUACCUCGCGAGUAUCGCCGAAGCGAAAUCCAGCAAACAGCCUUGGCCUGAACCAAGCUGCCUCAUACUCAUCCAUCCCACGUCCACCAUCUUCCAGACCUUCCUCGUGGCCGUUUUGCCCAGCGCCUAGCACAUAUGGCUAUAACGCCCGACGUAGCUUCACUUCUGGGGGGCUACUCCUCGUCGGGUUCACACCAACAUCUUCAAAGAGCAGCGCCGUCGUUGCGACAUGCUCCGCCGCAGCCGACACUGCUGUACUUGCAAGUGCAGCACAGACAGCAAGCAUCAGCAAGCUUGCGCGACAGGCGUGGAUAAGAGGCAUACACAUAGGCCGUGGUCGAACACCUCGUGUCACCCGAAGAACGAAGACCUCCCAAUCAAAUGCGGGAAGAGGGGAGGCGGCAGCCUCUCAGCAGAAAUCUGCUUCUCCCAGGCCUCCGCCGCCUCCAAAGCCCGAUUCCAACACCCCUACAACAGAGCCAACGCCCGCAUCCGUGUCAAAAUACUUCCAACUUCCGACCUUGUCGCAUCUGCCGCAUCGGCCUACAAAGGAAGAGUUUCUGGCUGCAGCGAACGGCUUCUGGGAGCGCUUCAAGGUUCGGUUCAAAUGGAUCUCGAUCAGGAGUAUGCGACCAUGGAAUAUCGAUGAAUGGGGUGCCUUUGUCUCGUGGUUCCUCUUCGGACACCUCGUCUGGAUUCUACUUGGAACAACGACAUUUUUUUCACUCGUCAUUCUCUCCAUAAACACCGUAUUUGCUCAAGAAACACUUGCCAAAUGGGUUGGUGAUUAUCUUACUGAGUCUGCCGGGCUGACCGUCCUUUUCGAGUCUGCUAUUGUCCCGAGAUGGAAAGACGGCGUAAUCUCUUUCAGAAAUGUCUUCGUUUCGCGAAGGCCCGGCCAGGUCAAGUCCUCAGUCAGCAAAGGGACUUCUUCUACUGCUGCGGUUGUGGCUGCGGCCGAGAAAGGCGGAGAUAAGGAAACCCAAACCUUGGAGAUAGACGACGGUAAUUAUACGCAGUACGAGGUAACGCUCAACACUGUAAAUGUUACCCUGUCCUUCGUCAAGUGGUGGAACGGCAAGGGAUUCUUGAAAGAUGUUGAGAUCAAGGGAGUGCGUGGUGUUGUGGACCGGACAUCUGUAAGGUGGUCCGGCGAGCAUGUCGACCCCUUGUCGUACCGACACGAACAUCACCCAGGCGAUUUUGAAAUCGACUCCUUCAAAAUGGAGGAUCUCCUGGUCACUAUCCACCAACCUGGUGGCUUCCGGCCAUUCUCUGUCAGCAUCUACUCUUGCGAGCUUCCUCAGCUCCGCAAGCAGUACCUGUUCUACGACUUCUUAUCAGCUAAUCAUAUGUCCGGAUCCUUUGACGGAUCCCUCUUCACAAUACAUCCCCGGCAGGUUCAUGGAGUUGCUGCCGGGCAAGAACAGAAUGCCGAUCUUCUCGGCGAGCCCGAUGCCUGGAAGAAAUUCAGUCGCAUACGGAUAGACGGACUCAAGAUUGACCACCUCAACCGAGGUGUUGAAGGCCCCUUUGGCUGGAUAUAUGAGGGCAAUGUUGACAUUGUAGCCGACAUCAGGUUCCCUCGCGAUGACGACGAUAGCAUCACGAAGGUGGUGUCGGAAUUCUACGACCGCCUCGAGGAAGCUGUGACAUCGAACCGAUACAUCCACUUUCUCGAGAAUCCUACGCGCCGAGACGAGGAGAUAAUCUUUAAUGCGCCAAACCCUUUACAAUCUUCCGCAGUCCCAGAUGAGUCUGAUCCGGAAACUGUACCCUCAAUACCAGAGCCCGACGAGGGCCCGUCCCUCACCCCAUCCCCGGACGAGGAGCCGCCGCGGUACCUCGUCAUGGACAUGCGCAUCCACCUCAACGACGUGAAGGCAAGGGUGCCAGUAUUCACGUCAGACUUAUCUUACGUGAACCAGGCACUGGUACGGCCCAUUGUGGCCUACAUCAAUGCCAAGCGCACCUACAUUCCCAUCGGCUGCCGCAUCGUCAAGCGUGCGUCUGACUUCGACGGUUCGUGGACCAUCCACGACUGCGGCCUCAUGGACGACACCUCGGCCGAAGUGUACGCCGCCUUCGCCCGCGACGUCGAGGACCAGCAGAGCCGCGUCCGCCGCUUCAGAAAGGUCGGCUUCUGGACACUGAGCUUGGCCGUGCAUGCCCUAUUCAUGGGCAUGGCCGGAAACGUCGUCUGA